GCAAUAGUUUCUCUCUAAUUUGGCGAAUUCAUUCAUAGCAAAUUGAAAUUCCACCGAAAGUUCCAAAACCCUUUUUUAGAAAAAACCUGAUUUCAUCAUCAUAAUCCCAAAUCAAUCUCAAAUAUUCUCUUCAUCUCUCUCUCUCUCUAUCUCUCUUUUUCCCCAACAGCAACGCGUUAGAAUUUUACUUUCUCAGGUGAACAAGAAAGUUGGAAUCUGCUUAUCCAUAUUACCGAACAUCUGAACAAAAGAGGGAGGGUGCUGGUUUGCGGAGGCAUUUAAACUUCUGCGAGCUUAGAAUCCUCUCUCCUUUUUUAGAAAGCAUAGUCUUUGGCUAGUGCUGUUGGGGGUUUCUUUUUCUCAUAGUGUGAAUGUAGCUCAAUCGAGAUAUUUUAGCGAUCUUUUGUGUUGAGAAGUGCUAGAGUUUUAAUCUGAAAGAGAGGAAGAUUUUGAAGCUGAAAUCAUGGGCUCCUUUUGUUCUUGUUUGAGUGUUGAUGAUUUGGAAGAUUAUAUGAAUCCACAUAGCCAUGUUUACCGAAACUGCGUGUGCGCCGGUUGCUUCCUACAAAACCUUUUGGCUGUUUAUGCAUUAGUAUUUCGUCGAGGGGACAUGCAAGCGCUUCCUUCAUCUGUACAGGGGGCAGCAUCUAUGACGAAUUCAGUAUCACUUGAUAAUUCUCUAUCUGACAUGUACCGUUCUCCUCCAAGACCGCUCCCUUAUGAUGCAGACCCUAGGUUUUUCCGCUCACAGCACGACAGACUAGUUUCAAGACGUGAAAAGGGUUCCAGUCAUUUGAACGAGGAGUCAGAACUUCUAAGAGGUGAUGUGGAUGCAGAUACAGAAUCUUUUAACUCGAGCGGUAAAUGGAAUGAAUCCACCGGCAAAGAUGGAUCGAAAGAAUACCGGUCCAAGUCCUCAGCUAGACUUUCGUCAGCAAAACUUACAACUGGAGCUGAGCUUGUGUACCUAUCAUCAGAAGAGGAGGAUGUUUGUCCUACUUGUCUUGAAGAAUACACCGAAGAGAAUCCGAAAAUAAUGACAAAAUGUUCUCAUCAUUAUCAUCUUGGUUGCAUAUACGAGUGGAUGGAAAGAAGUGACAGCUGUCCUGUUUGUGGGAAGGUGAUGUUAUUCGAUGAAACGACUUGAUCUUAUGCGGUUGGUUGGUUGGAUGUGUGUUUUUUGCCGUCGGCGACGUCGCAUCGGAAGGAAAGUGAAAAUACAAGUAUAGACAUUGUGAAUACAUCCAUCCACACUUAUCAUGUACAGUAAUCAAUCAUCUUUAUAAGUUUCUAUUAACCAUCAUGAUUGUAAGUUUGAAUUCAUCAUGCUGUUUCCACAUUUAUGCUUUCCUCCUUUGCCAAAAUUUGCAAGGAAGAGAAUAUCAAAUUUCAGAUUGGAACUUUGUCAUGGUUUCAACUUUCAGAGUUUUCCUUGUAAUGGAAGGAGUUCUUUGUUUUUCUUCUC